CUGAGCGAGAGUCAGAAAGACACAGGAUCUCAGGGCAGCAGCAGUUUAAACAGAGGAAGGCAGAAACAGAACUUCAUUGAGAGAAAAUGUUUUAUUAAAGGAGAGGAAAAGUCAUAUACUUAAAGGCGCAUACACAGUAAUAAACACAGAGCCUCUUACACAUUUAGAAGCUGGAGCGGGCUAAACUCAAAAUAGAACCAUAAGAUAGAGUGGCGAGAGUUUAAUCUUUCAGGCCCCAUAUAUACACGCACACACACACACACACACUGGUGUUGGUCCAGAGUGCAACCCAGAGUAAGGAGCAAGGCUGAUCAACCCGAACAAGUGGCACAUCGGGGAGGAAGGAGAAAUCGAGUGGAUGGAUGCCUUUUGCAGACUGAGUGGCCUGGACCCUUUGUGGGACUGGAAUCGUACAUGGUACACAACCAACCCUGAUCUAACUCAGUGUUUCCAGAACACAGUGCUGGUGUGGGUUCCCUGUAUCUACCUGUGGCUGUUGGUCCCUUUCUACUGCGUUUAUCUUUACUGUCACGACCAUGGACGGAUUCAGACGUCCUGCCUCUGUGUUGCAAAGAUGGUGUUGGGUUUCCUGCUGGCUUCCUUUGGUUUUGUUGAAUUCUUCUACAUCUUGCUUGAGAGGAGCCAGGAGAUCCAGCAGCACAUGGUUUUCCUUCUCAGCCCCGUCAUGCGCAGCAUGACUGUGAUCCUGGCCUUAUGCAUCAUCCAGCUGGAAAGAAUAAGAGGCUGUCGCUCGUCUGUAUUCCUCUUCUUGUUCUGGGUCCUGUCCGUUGUUUGUUCUCUGGUCCCCCUCAGAGCAAAGAUCCAGCUCGCCAUGGAUGAGGGCAUUGCUUCUGACAUUGUACGAUACCUCGCCUUCUUCUCCUACUUCACGAUCCAACUGGCCCAGCUCUUCCUGUGCUGUUUUGCUGACCAGCCUCCACAAGGAAAAUCAAAUUUGGAAAAGAAUCCCUGUCCCGUGAAAGAUGCCUCCUUCCUGUCAAAGAUUCUCUUCUGGUGGUUCACUGGACUUGUUGUGAAAGGAUAUCGUUCUCCACUUGAGGCAGGAGAUCUAUGGACCCUGAGGGAGGAAGAUACAUCAAAUAAGAUCAUUUCUGAACUGCAACAGGACUGGACAGACGAAUGUGCCAAAUUCCAAAAGCAGGAGAAAGCCUUGGCAUCAGGUGCAGCGCUAGGGAGCCGGCUGCCAGACCAGGCUCAGCUCCUCAGGAAGCUGCAGAAGGAGCAGAGCUCUGGAUUCUUACUGCUCAGGACGCUGGCGCGCAAGUUUGGUCCUUAUUUCCUGACCGGCACCUUGUGCAUCAUACUUCACGAUGCCUUCAUGUUUGGCAUCCCUCAGGUGUUGAGUCUUCUUCUGGGUUUCAUGAGAGAUAGCGAGGCUCCGCUGUGGAAGGGCUACUUCUAUGCCACUCUCAUUUUCUUACUGUCCUGCCUCCAGUCCCUCUUCAGCCAUCAGUACAUGUAUACUUGCUUCACGGUUGGCAUGAGGGUGAAGACAGCUGUUAUGGGCUUGGUUUACAGAAAGUCCUUGGUGAUAAACAGUUCAGCCAGAAGGACAUGCACCGUGGGCGAGAUUGUGAAUCUGGUUUCAGCAGACACUCAAAAGCUCAUGGACUUUGUGGUGUACUUCAACGCGGUCUGGCUGGCUCCUAUUGAGAUUGCUCUUUGUCUUUUCUUCCUCUGGCAGCAUUUAGGCCCAUCGGCUUUAGCAGGAAUUGCCACCGUCAUCCUCAUUUUUCCACUCAAUGGAUUCAUCGCUAAGAAACGAAGCAAGCUGCAGGAGACUCAAAUGAAGUUCAUGGAUGGUCGCAUCAGACUGAUGAAUGAGAUCUUGAAUGGAAUAAAGAUACUGAAGUUUUAUGCCUGGGAGAAAGCCUUCCUGGAGCAGGUUUUGGGCUACAGAGAAAAGGAGCUCAAGGCCCUGAAGAAGUCUCAGAUUCUUUAUUCAAUCUCCAUUGCAUCAUUUAACUCCUCUUCAUUCUUGAUUGCUUUUGCGAUGUUUGGAGUCUAUGUGACGCUAGAUGAAAGGAAUGUCCUGGACGCACAGAAAGUGUUUGUCUCCAUGGCGCUAAUCAACAUCUUGAAGACUCCACUUAGUCAGCUGCCAUUUGCCAUCAGCACAACCAUGCAGGCUCUAGUUUCGCUGAGGCGUCUGGGGAAGUACCUGUGCGCAGACGAACUGAAGGUGGACAACGUCUCAAAGACUCCGUUGAGAUCUGAUGGUGGACAUGUUGUCGUAGAAAAUGGCACUUUCAGCUGGUCUGCAGAGGGUCCUCCAUGUCUCAAACGGAUCAGCAUCCAUGUGCCACAAGGUUCCCUUGUUGCUGUGGUUGGACAUGUGGGCAGUGGAAAGUCCUCUUUGUUGUCUGCCAUGCUUGGUGAAACAGAGAAAAGAAGUGGCCAAGUCACUGUCAAGGGCUCUGUGGCAUAUGUUCCCCAGCAAGCCUGGAUCCAGAAUGCCACUGUCCAAGACAACAUCUUAUUUGGCCAUGAGAAGUUGAAAACAUGGUACCAACGUGUGCUGGAGGCCUGUGCCCUUCUACCUGAUCUAGAUAUCCUACCUGCUGGAGAUGCCACAGAAAUUGGAGAGAAGGGACUCAACCUCUCAGGUGGACAGAAGCAGAGAGUGAGCCUCGCCAGGGCUGUUUACAGAAAGGCCGAUGUAUACCUGCUGGAUGAUCCACUAUCUGCUGUUGAUGCACAUGUGGGUCAGCACAUCUUUGACAAAGUCAUUGGACCAAAAGGAGUUCUUAGAGAUAAGACCCGCAUCCUGGUGACCCAUGGGACGAGCUUUCUGCCACAGGCUGACCUCAUCCUUGUUCUAGUAGAUGGAGAAAUCACAGAAAGUGGCUCCUACCAGGAGCUUCUCAGCCACCAUGGGGCUUUUGCUGACUUCAUCCACACGUUUGCAAGCACAGAGCGAAAGGAGAGCGCUAUACAGAGAGCUGGUUCCAGGAGGUCCAACGCUCGACUCAGCGUGGUUGAUUUCAUGCCGUUCUCCAGAGACCUGUCACAGGAGCAACUUAUCGGGGGUGACACCACUAACACCAACCUGCAAAGUAUGGAGCCUGUGUCUGAAACAGACCAGGAGCAGGUACCAGAGGACUUGGGCAAACUGACGAAGGCUGAUAAGGCUCGCACUGGACGAGUGAGGAUGGACAUGUAUACGAAGUAUUUCAAGACGAUUGGCUUGGCCAUCAUCAUCCCCAUUGUCUUCCUGUACGCCUUCCAGCAGGGCGCCUCUCUGGCCUACAACUACUGGCUGAGCAUGUGGGCUGACGACCCUGUCGUUAAUGGCACCCAGACUGAUACAGAUCUAAAACUGUCUGUCUUUGGGGUUUUAGGCUUUCUACAAGGUAUUUCAAUCUUCGGUACGACUGUUGCUAUCUCCAUCUGUGGUAUCAUCGCCUCUCGCCACUUGCACAUGGACCUGCUUAUCAACGUCCUCCGCUCUCCAAUGUCAUUUUUCGAGUGCACGCCCAGCGGCAACCUCCUGAACCGCUUUGCAAAGGAAAUUGAUGCCAUUGACUGCAUGGUCCCUGAAGGCCUGAAGAUGAUGCUGAGCUAUGCCUUUAAACUUAUGGAAGUCUGCAUCAUCGUGCUAAUGGCAACACCCUUUGCGGCUGUGAUCAUCCUGCCUCUUGCGUUGCUCUACGCCUGUGUCCAGAGCUUCUACGUUGCCACAUCAUGUCAGCUGCGCCGACUGGAAGCUGUGAGCCGCUCCCCCAUUUACACCCACUUCAAUGAAACGGUGCAGGGGGCCAGCGUAAUCCGGGCCUUCAGAGAGCAGUCCAGGUUCAUUGUGCAGGCUAAUGAAAGAGUCGACUUCAAUCAGACCUCCUACUUUCCCCGAUUCGUUGCCACCCGGUGGCUGGCAGUCAAUCUGGAGUUUGUUGGUAAUGUGGUGGUUUUAGCUGCUGCCAUUCUGUCUGUCAUGGGGAAAAGCAGCCUAAGUCCAGGCAUCGUUGGUUUGGCCGUAUCACACUCCCUUCAGGUCACUGGAAUUCUGAGCUGGAUCGUGCGAUCCUGGACUGACGUGGAAAACAACAUUGUUUCUGUGGAGCGGGUGAACGAGUAUGCUGAAACUCCUAAAGAGGCUAGUUGGGAUACAGAGGACAAGUCUCUGCCUCUGGCUUGGCCCCAGAGUGGCACCAUAGAGCUCCAGGACUACGGCCUGCAAUACCGCAAAGGACUUGAGCUGGCCCUGAAAGGCAUUACACUCAAUAUUCAUGAAAGAGAGAAGGUUGGAAUUGUGGGUAGAACUGGAGCUGGGAAGUCUUCACUCACCUUAGGAAUCUUCAGGAUCCUGGAGGCAGCAAAGGGAAAGAUAUUUAUAGAUGGAGUCAACAUUGCAGACAUUGGACUCCAUGAUCUCAGAUCACGCAUUACUAUCAUUCCACAGGACCCUGUGCUAUUCUCAGGCUCCCUAAGGAUGAACCUUGACCCCUUCGAUACCUACACAGAUGAAGAAGUUUGGAGUUCGCUGGAGCUUGCUCACCUCAAAAGUUUUGUGUCAAAGUUGCCUGACAAACUCAACCAUGAAUGCUCAGAAGGAGGAGAAAACCUCAGUCUGGGUCAGCGGCAGCUGGUGUGCCUAGCCAGGGCCUUGCUGAGGAAAACCAAGAUUCUGGUCUUAGACGAGGCAACAGCUGCUGUAGACCUGGAGACAGACACGCUCAUCCAGUCAACAAUCCGCACACAGUUUGAGGAGUGCACUGUCCUGACCAUCGCUCACCGCCUCAAAACCAUCAUGGACUACACAAGAGUGAUCGUCAUGGACAGAGGCCACAUUUCUGAGAUGGACUCUCCAGCCAACCUCAUCUCACAGCGGGGGCAGUUCUACCGAAUGUGCCGGGAAGCCGGAUUGAUCUAGGUCUUUCAUUGGCUCCCUAAAGGAAAACUGGAAACCUGUUGUAAAGACGCGGCACCGUAUGUGUGUGGCUCUUCAACGUAUAUUAAAUUGGGCCAUUCCAAGUUUUGUGGCAGCUCAAAUGUCUCUUUGUAAGGGCAUUGUCUAUGAAUCUCAAGAGCAGCUGCUGCAGUAUUUUAGUGGUCUGUAAAACACUAGGACACCUUGUCCUAAGUAAUGAAAAGACACUUAUUAACCUCAGCUGAUGAACAAUCAAAACAAAACUAAUGGAGUGUCAAUUCUCAAAGCUAUAAACAUUGUCUACAGAGGUGUAUAGUCAGUUUAUUCUGUAAAAGAUAAAGCUAAAGACUGGAAUGCAAGAGUACCACAAAUGUUAGCGAUUUUUCAUUUUCUUUGGGAAUGAGAGUUAUAUUUUUUGUAGUUUUUUUUUAAGUGUUUAUAAAGCACAUGAGUUGUUUUUUUUAUGUUGUCUCAGGCUUAGACAAGGAUGUUGACUCACAUUUUAUUAGCCUUGUAUACCAAAAAAGAGCCUUUUUUUGUACUUGCAAAUUGCAACGUCUAUUGACUUUAUGUUCUUGUCCCUAAAACUGGGACAGGAAAUGUUCAGACACACUUCACAUGGUUCAUGGUGGCAAAUGCAGGGGGAAUUAAGUUUUUACAGCCUCUAAAAUCUGAGCUUGAGGCCAUUUUUGUUUGGUGGGGGAAAAACAUUGAAAGUAAGCCAACACAUAAGCAAUUGUCUAACUAUGUUGUGGCUACAGUUUAUUUCUGUCAAAGUAAACAUACAAAAAGUCAAUAGAGACCUUUUCUGGUCAGAUUUAACCUGACACCGGUAGAAAAAAACCCACCACGAAUGAAGAGAAUGCCUCUUAAAAACAAUGGUGAUAAAUCUCUAUGGUGUUGUCUCUCUGCCACACAAACUAAGCUUAUACACAUACACAGCGAGGGGGAAAAAAAGAAAAAAUAAUCAGUAUUGUUCUAAUGGUGCUGACAUGACAGACUGUAAAUAGUCCAAGUUGAGCUUUAGUCUUAAUUCAAAGAAAGAGUCUUAUAAACUUUUCAAAGAGAAGAAGUAUUUACUGUUUUUGUCUUACUGGUUUAGACAAUAUAUUCUAAGAGAAAUCCAUAUGUUUAUUUAUGUCAAAUGACAAAUGUACUAAGUUUCCUUAAAAGUCUGAGGAGUAUAUUAUAUUUAUACUUUUUAUAACAAGCUUGAUCAUUUUCACUGACCUUUUACUGUCAAUGUACUGUCUUGUUCCAUAUGUCAUGCUGGAUAAUAAAAUGUAUUUGUAUCUAA